AUGGUCAAAUUUGUUUACACCAGCACUGUGCUGCUUUGGUAUCAAACGUCCUGGUCCUCUGCCCUCGUCUUACGGCGCGACGGCCGUCCUACCGCUGCAAUCGACUCGGGCGUGCUCAUUGGGGUAUCUGCUUCCGAACCUACCCUUUCCUCCAGUGUCAACAAGUUUCUGGGGAUUCCUUUUGCGAAGCCGCCGGCAAGAUGGAAGCUACCGGAGAAGCCGGAUGGCUGGCAAGGCACCCGCGAUGCGAGUCAGUUCGGCAAUGCCUGUCAUCAGCAGCUGAAUUCCGGCUCCAAAAACGCAGAACUCCUUAACAAGUACUUCAAUACGCCUCCAGCCACGGUUCCGGAUAGCGAGGACUGCCUAUAUCUCAAUGUGUUUGCGCCAGCUUCCGCCCAGACAGGGUCCGACAAAGCAGUCAUGUUCUGGAUACACGGAGGUACUGACACAGCUGGCACUGCGGCGCUCCCAGAAUAUGAUGGCACGAAUCUAGCCGGUAAUCAAGAUGUGGUUGUCGUCACCACCAACUACCGCCUGAAUCUUUUCGGCUUUCCUCCCUCAUCUGAUAUUCCGGAGAAAGAGCGAAACCUUGGUCUUCAUGAUCAACGUUUAGCAUUGGACUGGGUACAACGCAAUAUUCGAGCAUUCGGAGGUGAUCCAACCCGAGUCACGAUUUUCGGACAGAGCUCAGGCGCCAGAAGCGUGGACAAUCUUGUUACAGCACCCCCAGAUCCUGUCCCUUUUGCGGCUGCCAUCAUGCAAUCUUCCGAGCCUGAACUCGGCAUGGUUGACCGGACGAAGCAGAAGGCGGCCUGGGACUUCCUUGUUACAAGUGCCAGCUGUAACUCUACAGACGACACCCUCGAGUGCAUGCGGCAGGUUCCAGCCAAACAGCUCGUAGACAUCGCUGCGAAGAAUGGCCUCAGCUUCACUGCGUCUCCUGAUGCCGGUGUGACGUUUGCAAACUCCAUGCCUACAAGGCGCGCCGCCUCACAGCUCAACCGCAAGGCAAUCGCUCGCGUGCCUCUGUUGAUUGGCUCCAACGCCAACGAAGCGUCGCCAUUUCUUACGGGCGGUGUUACGCUGGAUGAUGUCAUGGCCAAAUUCUUGGGCAACGCGACGGGCAAGCGGUUUCUCGAGACAUAUCGCCCCAAGUAUAUAGGCUACCCGAGCCCGGAGAAGCGCGACGAGGCACUGGUCACUGACUUCAUUUAUACCUGCCCUACAGCUCGGACAGCCGGCGACUCAGCCAAUGUCAAAAUUCCAACGUGGCGUUAUUUCUACAAUGCCAGCUUUGCUAAUACAGAGCUCUUCCCUGGCAGCGGCGCUUAUCAUUCCGCCGAGAUACGUCCCAUUUUCGGGUUUUACCCGGAGGACGGUUCCACUCCUUUCGAGAUCGAGAGCUCCAAGGCGAUCCAGAAGGCAUGGGCUGAUUUUGCAAAGAACCCAGCCGGAGGACCGGGCUGGGACCAAGCACCUUCGGUGCAGCUACUCGGUGGCGGUGCUAUCCCCGGGGAGGACGACGAAAACCGCCUUGCAUUGAGGACUGUUGAGGCGUCCGUAGUGGACGCGCAAUGCGGCUUGUACAAAUCUAUUUAUGACACUGCACAGCUCACAGGACUUCUCUCGAGUGCGAUUAAUUCGAUUCUCGGGAUACGGCUGUGA